UGCUAUUUUGAACAUGUCUAAUGGCAGAAUGGAUAUCAUUCAGCAGCACCAUUUUAAAUUUAAAACAGUAACUUAUAAUUUCAUUGUGAUUUUUAGAGAGAGAAACAACCCUCAAUCACUGUAUACCAGACGAGGAUGAUGAUGAUGGUGAAGUUAUUACUCCCAAAAGAAAAAGAAUGCCAAAACGUUUCUGGUUCGACUCUCCUGAGAGAAAUGAGCUUGUGAAAGCACCGAUUCUUAAUAGCACAUCUAAAGUUAGUAGAAAGGAGACAGCUGAAGCAAGGCACAGCCAGGAAAAGAAAAUUAUGGCAGCUAUCCAAGAGAAAGGAAAAGGAGAUACUGAUGAGGUUAAUGAAAUUCAUCUUCUUCGGCAAGAAGUUGAAGAAAUUAAAAAACACCUCUUCACUGAAAUCCCUAAACUACACCAUCAGCUUCAGGAAAUAAAAGACACCCUGCACACCUUACAGCAAGGAAGGAGCUCUGUGGACUCACUUCCCUCAAACUCUGUGGACUCAAACCCUUCCUCAUUGGAGGAAAUUCAUCCUGAGACAGGUGUGAAGGUCCCAAGAAAUGUGUGGAGAGCAGCAAACCAAGCCAACACUGGAACUGCCAUGGCACGGAUUUUACUAAUGGGAGUUUUUGACAUCGAUACACUAAUGGAAAGCAAUUUGAGAGGUGGAGAAUCAAAAAUUGUUAAAGGGGAAAGGCGUCGAGCUCUUGAUGAGGUCAAGGUUAAGGCAAUUAUUGACGCUGUCAUUAUGAAACACCCAAGGACAACAACAGGACAGAUUGGAACUGCUCUAAACUGCAAAAUGGCAGAGCUCAGGGUGGCAGCAGCUAAAACCAAAUGUUAAUUUGAUUAAUUACAUUAUUACAAAAUAUUUACAUUAUACAAUACAGUUACAGAAAACGUUUACUGUUAAAAAUGACACAUGUGUAAUUUUACUGUAAUUUAUGUUUGUAAUGUGUUGUAAAUGUUCACUUAAUAUGUAAUAAAAUUUUAAGUGUUUUCCCUUUGUGCU